AUGUUUCUUCAUAUACCCGAUAUCAGUGUAUCCUCCACAUAGUUCGUAGCAGUAGGGAAUACAAGCUUGGAAACAGAAGACCAAGGAUUUGAAACCGAGGAAUUAUCCCCUCAAUCCAAUUAUGGAAGUUCGAAUAUUCUAGUAGCUGUAAGAUGCAGACCAUUUUCUACUAAAGAGCUUCAGACAAACAACCAAAGUAUUAUCCGCGUGCUCGAUGCCAAUUCUCUUAUAUAGCACUUUCGCUUGAAUAGCCCGAUAACUGGCUGGCUUCAUCCCGUUAUCGGGCUAUUCAAGGGAAAGAGCUAUAGUUCUUACAGGCGGGUCAAAAAUAAGAAGAAACAAGCCUGAAACCUUUAUAUUUGACUACGUCUUCAAUGAAACAGCAUCUCAAAAAGAAAUUUUUGAAAAAUCAACUCUUACACUAAUUGACGGAGUUCUCAAUGGCUUCAAUUCUACAAUUUUCGCGUAUGGGGCCACUGGGACUGGUAAAACCUAUACCAUGAUAGGAGAUGGAAAUUCUGCAGGGAUCAUUCCUGCAGCUUUCACUGAUCUUUUCACAAAAAUUGAAGCCAACCAACGAGAAAGAACUUAUAGUGUAAGGAUGAGUUAUCUAGAAAUUUAUAACGAGUCUCUCAAAGAUUUGAUUUAUCCGAGCAAUAUCGUUCUUGAUAUCAGGGAAGACCCUAUUAAAGGAAUCAUAGUUUCAAAUCUGACUGAAUAUAUGGCAACGAAUAUUCAAGAAGUUAUGGAGUGCUUAAACUUAGGAAACCAAAGAAGGACAGUUGAAUCGAAUGAAGUCAAUGUGGUGUCAAGCAGGUCUCAUGCGAUAUUACAGAUAAUCAUUGAAAGUAGAGAUAAAGCCUCAGGGAUUGAAUCUGAGCUAACUAUUGGAAAGCUGUCUAUGGUUGACUUGGCAGGUUCUGAAAGAAAUAUUAUGACGAAUAAUAAGGGGAUAAGGCUUAUAGAAGGAUCAAAUAUUAAUAAAUCGUUGCUUGCAUUAGGGAAUUGUAUUAACGCCCUGAGUGAAAGAAAUGAAAGGGGAGGAAGGAUAUUUAUCCCAUAUAGAGACUCUAAGCUUACCAGACUUCUUAAAGACUCCUUAGGAGGAAACUGCAAAACAGUCAUGAUUGCGUGCAUUUCCCCUUAUUUUGAGUGCUGCCUCGACACAUUAAACACACUUAAAUAUGCACGAAGAGCUAAAACUAUCAAAACAUGCAUCAAGCGAAACAUAGUCAACACUUCCCAUCACAUUGCAAACUACACCACAAUAAUUGCCCAGCUCAGGCAAGAGGUAUCCUCUCUGAAAAGCCUAUUAAUUCAAAAUAAAUCAGGCAACUUUUCUCCAGUUGGAGUAGAAGGCCAUCAAAUUGAAAUCAACAAGCACUUCCAAGCAGAAGCCAAGAUAAGAAAGAAACUAUUCAAAAUCCAGCAAUGGAAAGAUGAUAUCGGAUUUAUUUUGUUUUCAAAGCAAACUGAACUGAACCAUCUGAAGUCGCAAAAAGAAAGAGAUGAAAACCUUUUAAACUCUUUAGGGGCUGAGAUUGAAACUCUUACAGCUUCACUCAAUAAUCAAUGAAUUGAAGAGGAAAAGAUGAAUAUCAAGCUAAAAGAGCUAGAGUCUAAACGUAAUGAGUUUUAUCGAACCUGAAUGAGCAGUGGGCUCUCAGAAUCCCAACUGUCUAGCCUAAAAAUAUAUACAACCUUAGCCUUACCAUAAACAGCAAGAAAAAAAUUCUGAUGAGAGGAAUCGGCUUGGAGAAUAGUCUUUUGCUUUUGCGUUAUGAACCAAAAUUCCAUUCUCCAAGCCGAUUUCUCUCAUUAGCAAGUUUUUCUUGCUGUUUAUGGUGAGUAUAACGAUGCUUAUCUAAAAGAAAACAUCUUUUCAAUGAACAUGAUUUCCCUCAAUAAAGGCAAAAAAAGCGAAAGCUCUUUUAUAAAGCAAAAGGAUGCAUAUAUUAACUCCUCCCUGUGAGCGGACAAAAUCAUUGAAAAAAUCCCUAAACCGUGUGAGCGAACAAAAAUUUUAAUGAAAAAAAUUGAUAUAUAAGUGAUAAUUAUUAUAACGAAAUUUCUAGCUAAUUCUGUUUAAUUUUAAAGAGCUUGCAUUUUAAAACAUAAAAUUUACAAUUUAAAUAUAUAUUUGCUUUCCAAUUUUUGCGAUUUGGGGUAUUUUUAAAUUUUUUGAAAAAAAAAAUUAAUAUAAAAUUUAUUAAAAGAAAAAAAUUAUCCCCCUCCGUAAUCAAACAGAAAAUUUUUUUUCGUUCACGGAGGCGAGGGAGUAAGCAACUUGAAGAACAGCUAAAAUUACGUGACAAUAUAAUUAAAAAAAACCAAAAAAUCUUAAAGGACUCUAAUCUUCGAGCAUCUCCUGAGCUAAAAGAAGCUUAUGAGCAGAUCCAAACACUCAAAGAAGUCAAUUCAUCCUCUAUUCUAACCCCUGAUUUUAGUUCUAAGCCUUACACCUCACUAACUCCUGGGCCAUCUGAUAAGAGUCUUAUAUUUCCUCCAGUCCUAAAUAGCCAAAGAUCGCGACUGAAAAGAAAAUCUGAAAUCAUCCCUCCCAAUUUUAGCCUAAACAGACCCAAAAGAAAGACUUCUUUUGAGUCACCAAAGCGGACUGGAAUUAAUUUCUUGCAUCCAGAAGCAUCAAAAAUGAGCUUGCACAACAGGAGCUUGAGCGGGAUCAAAGCCAAAGCAGAGAACAGUUAUUCCCAAAUAAGUAUCGAAAAAAAUAAGCCAAAAUCUAAAGCGCCCGCUAAUUCAAUAGCAGAUAAAUACAAGCAGAGCCUGUAUAUUCAACGACCGAGUAAAUACCCAAUCCAGCGAAAAAGCCGAAUUUUCCAAGUGAGAAACUACUUUUCUCAAAUCCGAAAAGUAUCCAGCACAUAUGUAAUGUAA